AUGACCCACCACGAAUUUGUAUUUAAGGAUAAAAAAGUAAAAGAAAAGGCGAUCGAAUCGAGAUGGUCCGUUGCUCCUUACAAAGGAUUUAUAGGAGGGACACCAACAAACACCUAUGACGAAAUUGUUUCUUUAGCAUUUGACGGAGUGAACAACUUGUACCACCAUGCGAAGCAUUCACGUUAUGACGAAAUGUACUAUCCAUACUUGGGCUCGUUCAGAGAGCGAAAAAUGUUCACUACUCUUGCGCCAAGCCUCUGCAUGCCAAGGAGAAAUCGGACGUGUUCCUAUGAGCUAGCGCCGCACAAGGCCUACUCUCCAAAACAAGGAGAAUGGCUUGUUGAGAGAGAUAGGAACUACCGUGUGAUGCUUCCUCGAACAGGACCACACCUGAGUCCGGAUAUUACGAUACCUGAGAUGCCGCUUCUAAGGAGAUCCUAUACACUUCCGACAAGCACUACAAGAUUUGAAAACUAUUUCCGCUAUUGGCGUGGUCGUGCUUGCGGUUUGGAUUACAUCGCCCCUUUCCUGCAAUCAGCGGAUUGGCGACCAGCAGAGGACCGACGCUACCAUCGCAUAUACUGGGCACCGGAAUUCUUAUCAAUCACACCUUCUUGUCGACACGCUGCAAGUUUUAUGCUGACAGCCUACUAG